AUGAGCUUUAAAAAUAUGUUUGCAUUUCAUAAAAAAACACCAUUAUAUGCAAUCGAGGAUGCGUUUGUCGAAGAAGAAGAAAAAGAUGAAGAGAAGCCAUUUGAACUAUCAAAGCUAUUACAGCCGUCCAGCAAUACGGUUUCUCAAAAGCUAAACGAAAAUAUUACCAUUCAAUUCACAAAAAAACUCGAAAACAUAAAGAUUCAUCCAGCUUUAGGUUCAAAAUACCAAGAUGUCAUGAAUCAAUUUAACAAAAACCAAAUGAAUCUCAUUUUGAAAAUUGAUGAGGAAGAGAUUCGUUGUAAGAAAUUCGCAUUGACGAAGAAAAUUUCGCGAAAGCUAGUUAAGGACAUUUUCUCUACUAAGCAAAAUCCUCAUUUACAGUACACGGUUCAACGAAAGGCCAAGUUUGAAAUUAAUGAUCCAAAAAAUCCAUCUUUUUCGAUGUUAAAUUUCCAAACAAUCCUGGAUGUCCUUUCUUACCGUAGUCAUAUCAACCCGAAGGCCAUUGCUCAUAUUUUUUUGGGCAAGAAAGGAAGAGAAAUAUCGCAGUUCUCCUGGGAAAAGUUCUUCAAUAAGGUUACUCGGGUUGCAAAGGUUGUUAAAAAACAGGUUGGUCUGCUGCCAGGUACGAAGGUGAUCCUAUACUAUCGAAAACUGGAAUUGGCCGAAUAUCUUAUAAGCUUGUUUGGCUGUCUUCUUCUGGGUCUCAUCGUCCUUCCGGUUCAUCCGUCCCUAUCACUGCACCAACUAGCUUGUGUUGUAAAAAAUGAGAAAGUUAAAGUUGCUUUUACUACUGAGUCUACUUUCCGAAUUUUUGUGAAGGACUCCGAAUUAGGAAGUAAAGAUGAAAUUGAAUGGUGGAAAUCUACUGAUUUUAUUCAUUACAAAGUCGAAGUCAAUUCGCAGUUGACCUUUCAGCCUUCACCUCACGAUGUUGCUCUUAUUGACUAUAUAUUUGAGUCACCGUCACAUCCAACGAAAGCUGUAUACAAACAUCACACUAUUAUGAAUCAAGUCAAAUGUCUCACCUCCUCAAUUAUAACCCACCCCUCAAGUCGACGGAAAUGCGUAUCUGUCGAUGUGCAAUCUACUGGAGAUAACUUUAUAACCAACUUUCAACCUCAUAAUAUGUUGGGUCUCAUUAUGGGUGUCUUUAAUGCUAUGUUUUCUGGGUAUCAAACUAUCUUUUGUGAAACAGAGGUAUUAAAAACCCCUGGUUUAUUGGUAUAUAUUCUAAGUAAGUAUCGAGUUAGCCAUGCGCUUUUCGAUUAUGCAAGCUUAAAACAAACAAUAUAUAAUUAUCAAGAAGAUCCAAUGUCUACACUGCAUUACAAGAAAAAUUAUAUUCCUGAUCUUUCGAAUCUUAAAAUCUGCAUGGUGGAAUGUACAGUUGUCGAUCCAGAAUUCAAGAUGAUAGCAUCUGACAGAUGGCUAUAUCCUUUAGGAAAUACAAAUUCAAAGGAGGUGAUCACUCCUCUGCUUUGCUUACAAAAAUUUGGAGGCAUUCCAGUCUCAUUCAAAGAUUGGAUGAUUAAUUCCAACGAGCAACAUAUGGGAAGAACGGAAGACGACGAGUGUCACCAAGAAAUUUUAGUUCUUCGAGAAUCCAUUGAGAAAGGAUUGGUCGAUAUAAUACCUUUCCUCGAAAUAGGAAAGUAUUCAGCUAACGACAUACUUUGCCUAUCUCCUUUUUGGUACCCGAUUCCAGAGUCUUCUGUCGCAAUAGUUAGCAAUCCAACUCAGGAAAUAUGCGAGGAAGGGAAAAUUGGUAAUUUAUGGGUCUAUUCAAAUUGUCUUCCUAUUUACUUGGAAGAAGGGAGUACUUUAUAUGCCUCGCAUAAAGUAAGUACUGACUCUAGUCAGGCAAGCGAUGUUUUCCUAGAUUCUGGGCUUAAAGGAUUUCUUUACAAUAAAAAAAUUUUUAUUCUUGGUUAUGAAAAUGAGCAACUUCAGUUAAGCAAACAGGUCCUAGAAGGUGGUCUAGUGACUAUAGAAAGCAGAACAUACCAUUCUUUCUAUCUGAUGAAGACAUUGAUCAAUCUUACUCCUUGGAUUUUUGAUGGUGUUGUUAUCGAUAUUAAAAUUAAUGAUUACGCUCAUCCAGUUAUUAUACUUGAGAGUCCUUUGCUAAAACCAUCUUAUGUUCACCUUGUGAACACGAUUGAAGAUGAUGGCUCUUUAACGGAUUCUUUAAAUAAAAUCGCUGAGAAUACAUACAACUGUAUGAAAUCGGUUUUUGGUAUUGAUGUCUUAUGCGUUUUAAUUACUCCAUCUAAAUCAUUGCCCAGAACUCGUUUCUCAGAAAGUCAAACAAUUAGUCCAGAAAAUUGCAGAGUUUCUUUUUUAUCUGGAACUCUACCAGUAAGUUAUUACAAGUUUUAUUUAGAGACCAUUCCUGAUUUUAGUCCUAGUACUCUUAUUUCAAAAUCCAUUUGGUCCAAAGAACUUGAAAUCGAACGGCUAGGUUUGUUAGGGGACCAGAAUAAGCAGUUUAUAACUUGUUCUAAACCGAAUUAUGUUUUGAGUAGAGCUACCGAUCACCUGCUGAAUUAUUUUACAAUACUGGAUUUCUUCAAAAAUAGAGCAUGGAAAUCACCGGGUGGUAUUUCCUUCUCCCUUUGUGAGCCUGUUCUUAAACAAACUAUCAAUAUCAGUUGGAGUGCAUUUGAAAACAAAGUUGCUUCUUUGGUAGAGCACAUGCAAACAAAUGUUAAGAUCAGGCAAAAUCAAUACGCACUGCUUUUGUAUAAUGAUCCAUAUGAAUUUGUGGUAUCCCUUUAUGGAUGUUUUUUUCUGGGUAUAUGCGCUAUUCCUCUUCAGAUCCACGCUGUAAAUCAUGUCGUAAAGGAAAUUGAAGAAAUCAUGCGACUGUGCGAUCAAUUUCCUGUUAAUUUUAUUCUACUCGACGACAGUACUUUCAUCAAUAUUAAAUCUCGUGAUAGUUUCCAUCACUUACAGCAGGUGUGUAAUGAAAAACGAGUGAAGGUUCCCAAAAUGUACAAUACAAAUUACUUGCCUACAGCAAAAAGACCAUUAAAGAAGUUGAUUUCGAAGAAAUCAAAAGAACACUAUAACAAGGACAAGGUUGCCUUAGUAACUGUCAGUAGACUAACCGAUGGCUCUACUUUCUCUGUUAAUUUUUCACAUUCUGAUUUACUGCAUUAUUGUCGAGAGCAAAAAGAAUUUAUACUUGGUGAUAACGACUCGUCUCUUCUAGGUGGUAUUGAGUUUGGAUCAGGAAUUGGCUUGCUUCAUACAGCAUUUUUGGGGAUAUAUACAGGUUUACCGACGGUCCUCGUUCGUCGAUCUGGUGAUCGCUGCCAAAAAGAGAUCACUCUUCAAACAAUGUUAGGCAAGCGUAUACCAAAGGUUGUCUUGCCGAUGAACUAUCUUCUAAAUACUCUCGAGAAAACUGAAAUUUGUGAAUACGAAGGAUUAAACGAAAUGGUAAAAUGUAUAAUUGUUCCUUGUUACGAAAAGAUUGAAACUUCAAAAGUGAGAGCAAUUAUUGAUAAUAUGUUUCGAUUAAAUCUUAAAACUGAAAUGAUAAAACUCGCUUAUUGUCACCCACUAAACCCAUUAAUCUGCUGGAGUGAUGAAUUAGGCAUUAAUGACAUGAAGAGCGAUUUUGAUACUAAUGAUUUAAAGAAAGGAUUGAUUACUUUAAAAGGAGAUAACUUUAACAAAGCAAACACCAUAUAUGGUUUGGGGACUAAUUGUUUGCAAAACGAUAUUUGUGUAGUCCAUCCCGAAUCAAAACGCAUUUGCAAUGAAGGAGAAGUGGGAGAAAUUUGGAUUGCUGCAAGGCGCGGGUCGUAUUGCACAUUUGAUCAUCGAAAUGUUGGGUCUGAGUUACUUACUGAAGAAAACUUAAAAAAACAAUAUUUCAGAACUGGAUAUUUAGGAUUUAUUCACCCUAAAUCAUUAGGCUCAGAGAGUUCUGAGAAAUUCUCAAAAAUUCUUUACAUUUUAGGCGCUAUUUGGAAUACAUUCGAAAAGAACGGUUUGAACCAUUUUGCCUCUGAUAUCGAAGAAACAGUUGAACAGGUACAUCCCAAUAUCUGUAAAGAAGGAUGUUUGAUUUUCAAUGCAGCGGAUCAAUUAACGCUGCUAGUUGAAGUUCAUAACAUGCAGAAACUAACAAGUCUUGUUCCAACUAUAGUUUCCACCGUUUUGGUAACUCACAAGGUUAUAGUUGAUAACGUUGUAUUUGUUCCUCAAGGUAUAUUACUGCGUUGGGCUACCGGAGAAAAAAGACGAAGCGAAAUGUUGAAAAAAUGGAUCACGGGUAGAAUAAAUAUAGCUAAGGUCUUUUCGAUAAGUCAAGAAACGUCCUCUAAUCAUUCCCAAAGAAGCGACGAUUUCUACGUUAACAGCGAAAGCACCGCAGGUGAGUUUAAUUUUUAUCGGUUUGAUAAUAGUCCCAUUUUACUUUCCCGUAAAUCAGAGGCUAACCACUUUAUAGCUUCUUGA